AUGCCAAUUCAUUCAAUUUUGAAAAGCGAAAAACUUCAAUUAGACGAAGAGGAAAAUAAAAGAGAUGACGAAGAGAACAUAGGAACAACACUUGUUGUGAGUACCAUCAGGGAUCACUCUGUUGAUAAUUUAAAUAUGGAUCUGGAUCAUAUGUCUUUGGAAAAGGAGCGUCUGGAUUUUGAAAGAGAAAGUGCUGCUGGACGAGGUGGUGGAGGAGCAGCUCCAGGCGCUUCAUUGUUUAACGACUGA